AUGAACCCCGAACCAAUUUGUGGAUCGGGCCCUGAGUCAGCCAACGAAUCGGUCAACGUACCAGCCAGUGAACCAGAUUCAAUAGAGAUGAUGCAACACGACUCUUUGAAACUAGGAAACAUGGUGGAUGCCAAUGACGAGUAUGAUACAACGCUUUUUCCGUACUACGCCGACAAUGUAAUCAAGGCGCGACUUCCUACGGCAGUGCAAAUUGAGGAACAUAUUGCUAAGACAACCGAUAGACAUAGACUAUAUGGAUCCCAUUUUCGUACAGAUGAGCAACUGAUGAUAUCUUUCCGGGGAGGGUGGCGCAUGGGGCCAUACGUGAUCAAAGUCGGCGAUACGGCGGCAAUAUUUCAGGAGGCCGAAAAUCUUCUAUAUCUUGAGAGGAAUUCAACAGUCAGAGUCCAGAAGCUCUAUGCAGCCUUCCAGGGCGAAGGACUGGAGCGGUUGCCUCCAAAAGGAGCUCUGCCUAAGUGGCAGAUGUACUACUACAUGGUCAUGGAGGGCUUACAUGGAUUCGAGACGAUGGAGCAAUUGAGCUUUGAAAUCAGUUAUGGACGGCCCUUCCACCUUCAAAAGAAGUUCUGUGAGCUGUUUGGAGAGCAACUCCGCAAGCUGCGCAGUAUCCGUCCCAAUGACCCUAACCACUACGGCCGGAUCAAUGGCCGAAAAUACAUGUCAGCGGCGCCAUUGUUCCAUACGUACUGCACUGUACCGGGACCCCGCGGCCAUGAAGACUACUCUCAAUACGGCCCGUUCAACUAUGAAGAGCUGAUCGAAAGGUUCGUUCAAGUUGCGCUGAGAAUUAAUGAUUCCAGGCUGGGUAGUCCAAUGACCCCGGAAAAGGUCCGAGAAAUGAGCCAGGAAUGUGAGAUGUUUGCUGCUAAAUUUUUAGAAGUGGCAUAUUCGCAAGAUAAGGUACCUGUGCUCACACAUCUCCAUGUCCACCACGCCAAUACCGUCGCAAAGGUCAUUAGAGACAAAAUAACUGGUGCUCUGAUAGACAUAGAAGAGGUGCUUCUGAUCAAUUGGGAGCACAUGGCAUGGAUGCCUUCCUGGUACGAGCCUGGGGAUAUGUUGACUAGAAUGGGGUAUGUCCCAUCUUCGGACUAUGGGGGAUUGCGCGACUCAGCAUUUUAUCGCGCGCUGAAUACCAUGGGCCAUGUAAACAUGGCUUUCGUUCCAUUUUCUGCCGACUUUAUGGAAGACUUCGAGCUACGCUGUCAUGUGUGUCGUGGCAUAGCAGGAUAG